CGGAGGCGCUGGUGGUGGGGCCGUGCCGGGGGUGACUACAACAAAGGGCGGCGGGCGCCCGGCGUCUGUGACCGAGUCUCCCGGUGCUCCUCUGAGGCCGAGCCCUGGCCCCCCGCCUGCCCCGCUCCAGAUGAAGUGUGAGCACUGCACGCGGAAGGAAUGUAGUAAGAAAACAAAAACCGAGGACCAAGAGAAUGCGUCAGUUGAUGUACCGAGUCUGGCCCAGGAGAAUGGAGAGAAGGGAGAAUUCCAUAAGUUGGCCGAUGCCAAGAUAUUUCUGAGUGACUGCCUGGCGUGUGACAGCUGUGUGACUGCAGAGGAAGGACUCCAGGUUUCCCAGCAGAAUGCCAAGGACUUCUUUCGAGUUCUGAACCUUAAUAAGAAAUGUGAUGUCUCACAGCACAAGGUGCUCGCAGUGUCGGUGUGUCCUCAGUCUCUGCCUUAUUUUGCUGCCAAAUUCCGCCUCAGCGUGACUGAUGCAUCCAGAAGACUCUGCGGCUUCCUCAAGGGUCUUGGGGUGCACUAUGUUUUCGAUACAGCAAUAGCUGCGGGUUUCAGCAUCCUGGAGAGUCAGAAGGAGUUUGUGCGUCGAUACCAGCGGCACAGCGAGGGGGAGCCAGCGCUGCCCAUGCUCACGUCCGCCUGUCCAGGCUGGGUCCGAUACGCCGAACGGGUGCUGGGCCACCCUGUUACCCCUCACCUCUGCACCGCCAAGUCUCCCCAGCAGAUCAUGGGCUCCCUGGUGAAGGAUUACUUCGCUAGACGUCAGCCCCAAACAGGGUUUUCUCUUUCUCCCCAGAACCUGUCCCCAGACAAGAUUUUCCAUGUGAUUGUGGCUCCUUGCUAUGAUAAGAAACUGGAGGCCCUUCGAGAAGACUUUCCUACAGCUUCCCACGGCUCCCGGGGAGCUGACUGUGUAUUAACCUCAGGUGAAAUCAUUCAGAUAAUGGAGCAAAGUGACCUCGCAGUGAAAGACGCUGCCGUUGACACUCUGUUUGGAGGCCUGAAGGAGGAAGAGGUGAGGCGCCAUGACGGAGCCAGCUCCGACGGGUACCUGGCACACGUCUUCAGACACGCGGCCAAGCAGCUGUUUGACGAGGACGUGGGAGAGGUCACCUACCGCACCCUGAGGAACAAAGACUUCCAGGAGGUCACCCUUGAAAAGAAUGGGGAGGUUCUGUUACGCUUUGCUGCUGCGUAUGGCUUUCGAAACAUCCAGAACGUGGUUCUGAAACUGAAGAAGGGCAGGUUCCCGUACCACUUCGUGGAGGUGCUCGCCUGCGCAGGGGGAUGUUUAAAUGGCAGAGGCCAAGCCCAGACUGAGGACGGGCACGCAGACAAGGCGCUGCUGCGGCAGAUGGAAGGCAUUUACGCGGACAUCCCCGUGCGGCCCCCCGAGACCAGUGCCCACGUGCAGGAGCUGUAUCAGGAGUGGCUGGACGGGGUCGACUCCCCCAGAGUCCAGGAAGCCCUGCACACCAUGUACCAGGGCCCGGGGCUCCGUGCGGUCAGCCGAGACAUCAAGUGGUAAAGGUUGGCACGGCUGGGAGGCAGGCUCCGUCAGCUGCCCGGGGAGGGAGGCGCGGCCAAGUGUAGGCGUCACAGACACUGCAGGAAAACCGCUCGGCCUCUCAGUUGCUACCUUGGUCUUCAGAAUUCUCUACCCCUGUUUGCUGGUGGCUCCCUCACUGUUGGAUGUGGUGCUAUCUUCGUGACAUGUGCGACUGGACUAUUUUGACAUGAGAGAAGGAUUGUCCCAAUUUAAGUAUAUCCUUUUAUCUUAAGACUGAAAAAUAUCCCAAAGAACAGGAAUGAAGACAAACUGUUAUCUUUUAGGCUUAAAAAAAAAAUCCAAAAAGUGUCCUGAGAAGAGCUAAGAUCCCAGAAGUUCAGAUUUAUGUGCCUCAGAGAGAUCUCAUGAGUAGAUGACAGGAGGCAGGCCGCUGGCAUGUGGGGAAUGGCUCUUAUUUUUAACCAUUUACGUUAUUCCUGAAAUGUUUUUGCCAGAACGUGAGUCAACUGCAUCCUUUUGGAACCGGGGGCUGAUACACAAAUCUGGAUUUUCAGCUUUUCUGGCAACAGUGGACCAUGUUUCUCACUGCUGGGCUGCCAGAGAGCGGCAGGCAGCAGCCCCUCCUGGGACCAGCCCUCUAAUCCGGGGGCCCUGUAUGUGCUGGUGUGUGUUGGUGCUGUAGGCCUCAGACAUGCACCUUUCCGUUCAGCCGUUAAGGUGAACUCACCUUGAGGCAGGGGACGCCUGGCAGGGCUGCCAGGUACCUACAGACAGAAAGACGGAGGAUAGAGACGGGACAGAAAGGGCUACCCAUGUAGGCCAGGCUGUGCGAUCGGGAGGCGGUCACCUCUGUCCCUCCCAGUCCUGCUGCGGUCCUGCCUCCCCCCAGCCUGUGCGUCUUGAGGGGCUCUCCCCCUGCAGCCCGCGCUGCUCCUGUGAGCGCGCCUUAAAGAAGAGAGAGGGAAAACCGAUUAUCCACAAACAGAGGGCUUGCAAGCAGCUGGAAAUGUGCAGAAUCACGGUGCUCCACAUCAGGGCUCGUCCUUGGAAUGAAAGACCUCUGCGAAUGGCCUGGAGCUGGGUUUCCAAAGCACCUGGAUCUUGUUAGCGCGAGCGAUGACGCCCGUCUUGAACGCUCCGUGCCGUCAGGCCUCCGCAGGCUGUUCCCCUCAUGAUGUUCUGUAUCGUGUCGUACCCGUGUACCUGUCCGCGGUAACAGCUGGAUAUUGUGUGAAAUUGUACAAUUCUUCCUUUCAAUCUGUUCAUAAUCGGGUUCACCCUCCAAGUAACUGAUGAUGGAAUAAACAGUUGAAGAAUGUG